GACACCAGGUUAGCCCAAGCCACGAUAGAAAAGUGUUUCUUCAUGGUGGGGAUCUAAGGACCUGUCAUCUGGGGUCGUUGUAGCAUGGUCCUCGAACGAGGUACUUAUUUCUGAAGUCUUUCCUCUCAUGCUGUCUCAUCGCUCUCUCGCUCUCUUCAUCCGUCUCAAAAGUCAUCCACAUUCGUUUCUUUCCUUCAGGGCCAGAGGCUCACUUCCAUUGCGGUCUGAGAUCGCGUCGUUCAUUUGCUCGAGUAUCACCAAGUCACUCAUUUGAUUGUCUUUCUCUUCGUCAGUCAGUCAGUUAUACACUGCUGGUCUCUGCCUUCACAAGUCAACAAGGGCUUCCAUUGUUCAAUUCACAGCUUCAAAGCAAGGAACUCGACACCGACCAAUAUGCGAGUCUUUUCCAAUCUCGCAACCAUGGCGGGUCUUGCCACCCUGGCCCAUGCAUACAUACGCUUCGAUUGUCGUGGUGUGCUCGUCGAAGAACGGGCCGAUCCGAUUGUGAAUCCAGGUCAAAUCGCUGGCCACGUUCAUAAGAUUGUAGGGGGAGAUGGCUUCGACUUGACCAUGGACUACGAUAAAGCCGUUGCUUCGAGUUGUUCAACUUGUCAAAUUAAACAGGACAAGAGCAACUACUGGACUCCAAAGCUUUACUAUCAAGCGCAGAACGGAAGUUUCAUUAACGUUCCUGGACCCGGUGACCCAGAGGAUAAGAAUAGCGGCAUGAUUGUCUACUAUCAACAGCGCGGACCCAACCCCAAAGCUCUCAAGGCCUUCCCCAAAGGCUUCCGGAUGCUGGCUGGUAACCCCUCGAAACGAUCCUUCGGCGGUGACUUUGCUUCCGAUGCGGUUCGCUUCGCCUGCCUUGACGCUGGCAAGCCAGAAACAAAUGAUAUGCCGAAUUACAAUUGCCCCAACGGCCUUCGUCUCCAGAUCUACUUCCCGUCAUGCUGGGAUGGGGAGAAUCUCGAUUCUCCUGACCAUCGCUCCCAUAUGGCGUAUCCGAAAUCCGGCAACUUCGACAACGGCCCAUGCCCCGACUCUCACCCCGUCCAACUCGUCUCCCUCUUCUUUGAGGUCCUCUACGACACCAACCGCUUUAAGGACAUGUGGUACGGUGACAAGCACCCCUUUGUUCUAUCCAACGGCGACACGACCGGCUACUCCUUCCACGGCGACUUCGUCAACGGCUGGGACGUCGACGUGCUCCAGAACAUCGUCGAUAACUGCAAGGAUGACUCCAAAUUCGGUUCGAUCAAUAAGGAUGCCUGCCCCAUUAUCGAGCAGUAUAGCUUCGAAGAGAUGCAAGCCUGCAAGGUCCCUACAAAGUUCAAUGAGCUGGUCAAGGGCGCAUUAGACCAGCUUCCAGGCUGCAACCCGGUUACAUCCGGCCCGGACGCCGUCACACCUGGUUCGGGUGCAGACUGUGGCGCCCCUGCAGAAGUCCCUUCCUCAAGCUCGUCUGUCCCGUCCGUCCCAUCUGUCCCAACCUCCGGCCCUUCUCCCCCUGCCGAUGAUGGCCCAACCGUGCAAGGAUACGAGUACAUCGGCUGCGCCAACGAUUCCCACGACCGAACACUCAAGGGAGCAACUACGAUCUACACCGCCGAAGCCGGGCCGCUGAUGAGCCUCGAGUACUGCGCCGACUUUUGCCAGGGCACUACCUACUUCGGCGUGCAGUACGGCCAGGAAUGCUUCUGUGGAGAGUCGAUCUCGGCGGGCCGCGAACCUUCGGUUGACAACGGUGCGAAAUGCAUAAUGAAAUGCAAGGCGAAUGGAAGCCAGACGUGUGGAGGCGACUGGUCGAUCAGCUUGUACAAGCUUGCCGGAAAUCUCGCCGUGAGCAAGCGACACUUGGCGGUCGAGAAGGGCAUGGAAGCGAAGGCGAGGCAUUUGCAUCGCAGGAGUAAACAUGGGAAUAUGUUUUCCUAG